AUUUCCCUAGUUAUACUAUUUCGAUUGGACUUUUUGUCUAUAGAGAAGCAAACUUAACCUUCUCACCCUUCAGCCUACUACCAUGGUGACUUCUUUACCACAAAAUCUACAUGUUGGCUAGCCCGUGUUUUGUUUCAUAAUUAGGCGAUGGCUAUGCUAUGAAUGCUUGCCCGCUCUUCUUAAACUGGCCGUCAAGGCACGGUGGUGGAAUUUUGUCCUCUGCCCUUUUACCUCUUAACAAGACGGACGUUGCAGCCCCAACACGUGUGCACCCAAAGAACCCCAAAUCCAUUGUAUCGCUCGUGCUGAGCGCAUAUGUCCCUCGGGGUGCCACUCACAAUCCACCACACAGCAACGCUCUGAAGGCAGCGUGUGUGGCCGCAGCCAUCAGCCAGAGGACAAUUCAUGAGCAACUACAGGCUACGGGGUUGCCGGGGCGGACAAAUGCUUUCCUAAAUGCACAGGAUAAGGCUCGAGCCCUUCUUCUUGGCAUUAAGAAUGGUUCGACAUCGGUGGGCGACGGUCCCUUGUGCAAUUUAGUUAUUCGAGCGCUGUGCUCUUCCGGCGAGCGCUGGAGCAAUGUCUGGCUGCUCUACAACGAGCUCUGGCAAGCUCGAAUCCCCAUCGACCUCCUCAGCUACCGCGUGCUUUACGAUGCCGCUAUUGAGUCCCAUCACUACCUGGACGUCGUGGAGCUGCUGCGGCACUCGCAACAGCAGUACGGCACCCCUCCGCUGCAGCUCUUCUGCGCCCUCAUCAGCCGCCUCGCUGCCAGCAGCAAGCGCGGGGGUCGGGGCACCCCGGCCCUGCAGGCCGCUUAUACGAUCUGGCGGAUGCUGCGGGCCAGCAAGCUCGAGCUGGAUGCAGUUGCCUACCGCGCGGGCAUGAACCUCUGCGUCGAUCUGGGUCGGCUCGGCGAGGCGCAGCACCUGCUGCAGGCCAUGCGAACCGCGGGACACCGACCCGGCUGGGGCGCCUACCACAUCCUCAUGAAGUACCACGUUUCCCGCGGCGACAUGGACGCCGCGCGGCGGCUCUUCCGACAGCUACGCGAGUAUCACGGGGGCAAGCCGCCCGGCAUCUCAGCCUACAAUGUGCUGCUGGCGGGGUAUGUACGGCAGGGAGAUCUGACAUGUGCACGGGCCAUGCUGGAUAAGGCCCGGCGGGAGGGCGUGCCGCCGGAUGACUUCACAUACAGUUGCUUGGUGGGCGGGCUGGCGAGCGCGGGGCGGCUGGAGGAGGCGGAGGCGCUGCUUGGGGAGCUGCAGGAGGAGGGGCGGAGGCCGGAGGGCAGGGUGUACGGAGCGCUGUUGAAUGGCUGCGUCAGGGCGAAUGACUGGCCCCGUGUGGAGCGGCUGCUGGCUCGCAUGCGCAUGCAGGGGGUGCAGCCAUCCCGGGAGCACUACAACAUGCUGAUCAGGGGGCGCUGCUACUGCUCGCCGGCGGUUGGGGCGCCUGUUUCGGCUCCCGAUUCGGCCACAGGAGGCGGAGGAGCGAUGGUUGGGGAGGGGGGUGAAGGAACAGAAGGAGGUGGGGAGGCGGUGGCGUCAGGGGCAGAGCGGGGAGAAGGAGGAGGUGCAGCGGCAGUGCCAGGGGCAGGAGAAGGAGCUGCAGCGGCGGCGGCAGGAGGGACGAGAGCAGGGUUGGGGCUUGGUGCUAGGAGUCAGGGCGGGGAAGGAAGAGGAGGAGCCGUGCCAGGGCGAGUAAGUGGAAGCGGAGGCAAGGGCGGAGAAGGCAGCACACCCGGGAGCCUUGGCGCGAACCUGGGUGGGAGCGACGGCAAUUGCCUCGUCAGCCCUGAUGACGUCAGCUCUGGCGGCGGCGGCAAUGCAGCUAGCGCCGUCAGCACUGGUGGCCUCCCUAGCGGUGGCAACACCGGCGGCAGCACCGUUGACGAUGACGGCGGCGCCGAAAUCCCUUUUGCUGGCAGCAGUAGGAACCCCAGCACUGGCGGCAGCAGCAGCAGCAACAACCUAGUCCUCAACGAGGGCCCUGUACACCGUAACAACCUAAGCAGAGGCGGCAGCAGCAGCGGCGACAUCAUCAGCAGCAGCAACGGCGCUGGCAGUGACAUCAGCAGCUUCAGCAGCGCUAGCGGUAUCAGCAGCGGUAGCGGUAUAGCUCUAGGCUGGGUUGGUGGACACGUGGACGCCCUGCUGUCUGAGAUGCGUGCCGCGGGGUUACGACCCGACAUCGUGACGUACGGCACCCUCAUGCAUGCCGCCGUACGGUGGAGCAGCAUUGAGGCGGCGCUGCAGGUGCUUGCGGCCAUGCGGGUGGAUGGGGUGGCGCCGGACGGGGCGAUCUACACGGCACUGAUGAAACUGUUCAGGGCACAAGGGAGGCAGGCGCAGGCAGUCGAGUUCUUCCAGCAGCUCGCCUCCAGUCGUACUGCCGUACCCGAUAUCUGGGCACUCAACUGCCUCGCUGCCGUACACGCCAGCGGAGGCGACAUGGCGGAGGCGGAGGCGAUUGUACGACAAGCCAACCGACUAGCGGCGGACCAAGGCCGGCCGCCGCCGCCGGAGGCGACGUACGCCCUGUUACAGGGCUACGGCCGGCGGCGGGAGCUGCGGCCGGCGUUGCUGGCAUUCCGACGGUUCUUAGCGGCGGGAGGUCGGCCGCAUCGCAAGAUGUGCGAGUUUGCGUAUCGGCUGUGUUUGUCGCAGUUUGAGUUUGAGGCGGCGGGUCAGGUGCUGAGAGCGAUGCGGCUGAUGCGGUUCUUGCAGCUGCGAGAGGGGAUGUACCGCCGGGUGUGGGAGGAGGCGCAGCAGCGGUUCCAGGCCCGCCGGUCUAGCAGCAGCGUCAGCAGCAUGGGCUUCCGCAGCGUCAGCAGUAGGAGCAGUAGCAGUAGCAACGGCAGUGUUGGAAAUAGAAGCAGCAGCAGCAGGAGCGGCAAUACCGUUAGCAACAGUAGCAACAACGGUGGUGGCGGUGGCGGUGGUAGCGAGGAUGUUAACUUGGCCGCUGAGAAGUGGAAAUGGUGGUUCGGCCUGCCUAACAAGUACUACCAGAGCGAGUGGAAGUGACUUCAUGAAUGCCAGUUGUACUGACAGCCAUGAAGGUGGUGAUGUACGGCAUUGUAGUACGACAUGUCGGUACGACGUAGUGGUACGACAAAGUGGAGGAGAGAGGGCAGCGCAGGAGGGGUGUGCUGAGACAGUCUUGGACUCCAUGGGUGCUUCUUGCAUGGUAGUGAGAGAAAAGGGUGUCGGGAGGUUUUGGAAGGUGAGGUGAAGCGAGCUAGGCUUAAUACUAGGCGCGAGGCGUGGAGAGGGCAUGAGAUGGUUUGGUUGCAGGGGAUAGAUAGAUGAGGGCAGCGGGCGGGCGGAGGAUAUGGCGUGUUAGGCGGGUGGAGAAGGCGAGUGUGUGUGGGUUGGAAUGUGCGCAGAGCUUCUGCUUAGCCCUUCAUUCUGUGUGCAGGCGUCAGGAAGUUACUGUUUGCUUUCUUGAUUGGCAUCCAUUCCCCGCUGGUUGCGUCUCCAGCUGUCAUCUCAGUUUUGCGAGUUGCUGUGUGCUGCAGUUUAGGACGAGAAAGAGCUUCAGCUGAGUGUGUGGUACCGUAUAGGCGUUAUCGAGGGCAUUGUCUCGUCCGAUCCGUUACGGUAUGUGUUAUGCAAUGGAUGAGAGGGAUUAAGAACGCGAACAAACCAAGAGAAUGUAUGUUAGUCUAGCGCUGGUAGCCGUGUCUAGUAUAGACCGUUUGUAGUUUGGUCUUGAGACCAUUAUACGUAUACCGGUUCUAGUUGCUUGCAUGUGACCCGGAAUGUUUGCUUUCCCCUGUGUGCUAUCCUGGUGAGCUGAGGCGCUACCUAUCGUCAGCGAAACCAUGCAGAUGCAUAGACUCUGUGAGCGGGUUGUUGUGUAAGAGUUGGGAGUUGCCGGGGAAGCAGACCUUCGUGUGGUUCCCCGUCUAGAUGUAGUCAGAGACAGACAGACAGCUACGUACUGGUAUAGCCCUAGGCCCCUAGCUAGCCCUUGAUGUGUCGUUAGUGCGGCUUAGGUCGUUGGAGUCGGUUGUUUGAUUCGCGAGUGAUGCAGGAUCUUGGGAACGUCCGCGUGUUGCAUGCUUGAGGUGGGCGGACUAACCCGAGCAGACAGAGCCGCGCAGGCUGCUGAGCACUCGGGUGGGGGGGCCGUUCGCAAGAGACCUGUGCUGCGGUGCUGCGGUAGCCUGUGAUGACAGGAGGCUUUGGGAGUUGGGGGGUGCCUCAUCAAAGGCAUGUCAUGAACCUUAAUACAAAUCGACUUGCCAAAUCGACUUGUUGUAAGUGUUGGUUGUGCAUUAGCCGACAGCGUUGCCAUGGCGUUGGAAUUUGAAAGGGGAAAUAUGCGAACAACAAACACCAACAAUGUCACACACGCACUGCAUGUGGUUGGGUUGAGAGCCUGGCUACAGGCUUACACCACCCUUUUGUUGUAACAGUGUGCCCUUG